AUGAAGUUUGUAAUUUUGGUAUUGUUUUGUAUUUUUCUGCUGAAUAGAAGUGUUUUCACUACAUACGAUCUGAGUGAUGGUGAGCUUCCGUUGGAGAGAUUUCAAAUCGUACACAGUGGAAAUGGAAAUGGAGUUAAGAAUUCGGAGACAAAGACCGACCAUCACAUCCCAGAUAGUGCCAACUUCCCACCUCGCAACUAUUAUCAUUACCGUCGACAUUCAGAACAACCGUCUCGUCAUCAAUACCAUCUCCCGUCUGUUGUCGUCGCCGAGAUGAGUUUGGUGACGACACGUGGCGGACUAAUCUUACUGUUGCUUUUUGCAACAUUGGCAACACCCGCAAAAGUUAAGGUAGUGGAUGAGGAUACGAUCAUCUACGACGAUUAUACACCAGGUUAG